AUGCCGGCUACGGACUACCAGGGCUCCUCCUCCUCCCACUCCCACUCCCCGUUCGCCUCCUUCGGCCGCUCGCUGCUGUCCCGGAGCCGGGACACCCCGGCGUCCCCCGCCAUGCUCCCGUCCGGCGGGGAGGCCGAGGUCGAGGCGUUCCAGCGCCACGUGGCCGUCAGCCUCGCGCAGCUGAGGGACGGGGAGGAUUUCCUCUCCGUCCCGUGGAUCCGGCGGCUCCUCGAGGCGUUCCUGCUGUGCCAGGAGGAGUUUCGGGCGGUCGUGGCCGAGGCGCGGCGCCGCGGCGGCGGAGGCGCGCUGGCGGAGAGGCUGGUGGGGGAGUACCACGAGCGCGCGGUGAAGGCGCUUGACGUGUGCAACGCCGCCCGCGACGGGGUUGACCAGGUCCGGCGCUGGGUGCGGCUCGCCGGCAUCGCGGCGUCCGUGCUGCUCGCCCCCGACGAGAUCCACGAGGGCCAGCUCCGCCGCGCGAGGAAGGCGCUGUCCGACCUCUCGAUCCUCCUCGUGGACGACGCGGCCGCCGCCGGGGGCGGGGGCGGCGUCGCCUCCUUCCUCGCCUCCCACCGCAACCGCUCCUUCGGCCGCGGGAGCCGCGCGUCCCCGUCUCGCGCGUCCUCCGCCUCUUCCUCGUCCUCCUCCUCCUCGCACUUCCGCUCGCUCUCGUGGAGCGUGUCCCGCACCUGGUCGGCGUCGCGGCAGCUGCAGGCCAUCGGGGCCGGCCUGGCCGCGCCGCGCGCGCACGAGGCGGGCCUCGCCGCGCCCGUCUACGCAAUGGGGUGCCUGCUGCACCUCGCCUCGUGGGCGCUCGUCGCGGCCGUCCCGUGCCCGGACCGCGCCGCGGCGCUCCAAGCGCACCACCUCCCCGCCGCGCCGCCGCGCGGGGCGUUCGCGUGGGCGCCGCCGCUCCUGACGCUCCAGGACCGGCUCACCGAGGAGGGGAAGCGCAAGGACAGGCGCAAUUCCUGCGGCCUCCUCAAGGAAAUCCACGCGCUCGAGAAGUGCGCGCAGAGGCUCGCCGAGGCGAUCGACGCGGCGCCCAUCCCGCUCACCGGAGAGAGGGAGGCCGCGGUGCGGGAGGCCGCCGCGGAGCUCGCCGCCGUGUGCAGCACCAUGAAGGACGGCCUGGAGCCGCUGGAGAGGCAGGUCCGGGAGGUGUUCCACCGCAUUGUGCGCAGCCGCAUGGAGGGCCUCGACUCGCCGAUGCCCAACGCCGCCGACUGA